AUGGCAUCUGCAGGUCACGAGGGCAAGCGCAGAUGCCUUCAAGCGCCGGGACACCUGCAACGGGCCUCCCAGGUGGACAUCCGGUACCUUGCAUCCCACGCAGAUGACUUCUUUCCACGGGAGGACCGUCACUCGCUGGGCGAGCUUCGGCGCUUACCCCAGGUGCAUGUGCUUCGCGAGGCAGGGCUGGACGAGAUCGUGGGUUACAUGUCUUGGCAGGUGACAAAGGUUGGCUCUGCCAAGAGGGCGGAGCUGGCUGCCUUGGCCGUUCGCAAGGACCGUCGCCGCCGCGGCCUGGGCCGUGGGCUCUUGGGCUUUGCAGCAGCGGAGGCUGCGGCCGCCUUCGCUGCGGAAGUCGUCCUGCACGUGAGGCCUUCAAACGUCGCUGCCCGGGGGCUCUAUGAGUCCUUUGGCUUCCAUGUUGUCAGGGAAGAAGAGUCAUACUUUGGAUCGGAGCCGGGCCUUUUGAUGCUGCUUGGACUCCCUUCCAUACAGGCGUUCAGCGGGCCCUUUCUGGGAGCUGCGCAUGGUGUUGCCCUCCGUGCCACGAGCUGUGAGACCUUCGGCCUCCUCUCCCGUGCCCUAGGCGAGGUGACCCCGCUCCUCAAGCGUCGAGGCUGGCAGAUUCGCCAACUGACAGAGGCACAAAGGUUGUCUCGGUCACGGACGCAAAGUCGCAACGCGGAUGUCUGCGGCUUGCACGUUGGUUCCGGUUGGAUCAACGUUGCAUACGGCAAGCGGCCUCUUCUGUUCUCCGCUCCCAUACACCGACAUUUUGGCGACACUCCUGCACGAAGUUGCCCAUUUUCAAGAAGAUGGCCACGGGCUCGAGUUUUAUCGACUCUUCGGCGAGUUGAUUGCCGAUUGCGUGCCAAAUCAGCCCGACCGCGCAGCGGCGUUGCUUCAGUGUGCCGACCAGGAGCUGCCGAACAUCGGCGGUCAGAAAUGGAAGGCACUCCAUUCCAAAUGGCGAGAUGA